CCUCUUCAGUUGUUUUCAAUUCACCUUUGUCAUAUUAUGGAUAGUACUAUUCAUAACAGGUAGUCAUCAUGGAGACAGAUACUCGAGAAACCAUGCCACUGGUUUCAAAGGGAACAUUUUUAGUUGACCGAGUUUAUAGUCGGAAAGAUCGUCAAUGGCAUUUUGCCAAGACAACACAUCCUCCAAAGAAGGAUCGUUUCAAAGGAUAUUCACUCGUCGUGCAAAGAGAUAUCGAUUUCCGCAGGGAAAUCCCAGAAGAGACUUCUGUAAAAAUCAAGUCUCAAAACCUGGUAGAUCUCUUCCAAAGUGUGCUCAGAGAUACAAGAUGCGAAGGUGUGCAUCAGGUACCACCCACCUUCAAACCAGAAGUUUUAUUCCAUGUUGCCCCUUUGUUGACCAGCGCAUACCUGGCUCAAGGAGGGGCAGAUAAAUCGCAAGGAUCGCAAACUCUGGAUGAUAUAAAGGAAGUGGACAAGUUUGUGGACCAAUUUUAUGGUGCAGAUAGAUCUGAGAUCCAAUCAUUACACCAAGAAGGAAAGAUAACCUUCAAGCAUCUGUGGAGUUUAUUCCCACCGGGUUGUGUGAUCAUCGAGCAAUGCGAGCAUCUGGAUGUACCACAGGCGUAUAAGUUUAGCACUGGAACGACUAUAGACAUCAAAGAGCAUCAGGAAACAUUCUACCAGAUUGAGGCUACCAUGAUCAAUCACGACGGGAGAAAUCUUGGCUGGGGUGAAAAUACGCUCCGGAUUCCGUUUUUCAGUGGAACAAAGGCAAUCACCAAUCUCUCAGCUUUCCCCUUGCGUUUCCAUCCCGAUGCAUCCAAUCUACUUGGUAUUUUGAAAGAUAGAGGUAAAAGUUACAUAUGCCUACAGGAGCCUUCAUGCAAAGAAUAUGAGGGCAUGGGUGUCGAAUGCCGUUUUGAAAGUAUGAGAUGGCUCCUGAAGAAAUUCUACUCUAGCGGGAAGGUCAUGAUCGACACAGUCGCUUUCAGAAUGAAUCUUCCGAAUGAUGACCUCCUUCUACCCACUGUCUUCGAGCAUAUUCUACCAGAGAACAUAUCUGACGAAAAUCUCAUCUUCUGCAAUCACCGUGUUCUAGGCUAUAGUUUUGACCAAAAGAAGUGGGGAGGUUUUGCCAUCACUCGACUGGAGGAUGUCACCUGGGAUACAAAUGCCAUCGACAAGCUAGUCGUGAGUGAGAAGAGGCGAAAUCUUAUCUCGGCUCUGAUUAAGGGCUAUGGGUCCUGUAAAUCCGGGUUCGAUGAUAUCAUUCAAGGGAAAGGAAAAGGUCUUGUCGGACUCCUUAGUGGUGCUCCAGGAACCGGCAAGACAUUGACAGCGGAAGUUGUAGCUGAAUUGGCUGAAAGGGCACUCUAUAUCAUCAAUGCGGGUGAGUUAGGUGUUGACGCCAAAGAACUUGACAUGAAGCUUAGUAGGAUCAUGUCAAUGGUUCGCCGGUGGGGCUGUGUGCUGUUGAUUGACGAAGCCGAAAUAUUUCUCCGGAAACGAGUAGAUGGUCAACUUCAAGAGAACGUACUAGUAGGGGCAUUUUUGAGAAGAUUAGAAUACUUCCAAGGUAUAGUUAUCUUGACUACGAACCGCCACCAAGACAUUGAUGAAGCUUUCAAGAGUCGCAUUCAUUUCAAGUUCAAUUACCUUCCCUUGAAUGAGCAAAGUCGGUUAGCAAUUUGGAAGAACUUCCUACCGGACUUCGAACAGGACACCCUAAAAGGACUCGCUCGUUUUGAAAUCAAUGGUCGAGAGAUCAAAAACACGAUUUCUUGCGCAACGAUUAUUUGUCAGGCUACGGGGACACCUCUGACAGUAGAAGCUCUUGAAGAUGCCCUGGAAAACUUCACUUGCGCGUGGGAUGAAAUCGAAGCUCAGGUUUGAUUUAUGGGUGCUACUUCUCUCGAAAGCUUCCUAUAGUUCAACUUCAUGGCUUUAGGCUAGGGUGGGAUGAUGUGGUAAUAGGACUUUCGUUACUCUACAUUCCUGCCGAAUGUCAAUUAACCAACCACAACUUCGUCGUUAUUUAGGUGACUAGAAUACAUAUCAUGAUGAGUCACAUGAAAAUUUCUAGGUCAAAUACCAGGUAUCAACGAAAUCUUCCUUAUGGACAGGCUAUUUGUAAGUGCUAGAUAGCGGGCGAUUUGGUGCUAAAAUCCAACCUUACUUCCCUACCUAGGUACAUUGUCCAUAGUGCACAAGCACUGUAUUCCAUCGCCAAGCCCCCUGUUUCUACAGGGGCGUUAGCGCUAUCCAUAUUUAAAAUCCACUAGUACCUAAUAACAGUCGCGCUC